GUAUAAUGUGUUAUAAAAAGAGGAGGGUCGACCCCCUCUACACAAUGUCGGGGCCUCCCCUUGUUCCUAUGUCGAUCUGCUGCAGUCACAGUAGCCCCAAUGGUGUCUCUCAAGUCGGCCGUACUGGCCGCGUCUUACAUGGUGGCCUGCAUUGCCGUUGAGAUCAAGGUGGCUUCUUCAGGGGGCAAUGCCACGAGUGGGCACCAGUAUGGCUUCCUGCAUGAGGAUAUCAACAACUCCGGCGACGGCGGCAUCUACGCCGAGUUGAUUCGCAACCGGGCAUUCCAGUUUAGCCCCCGGUAUCCUGUCUCUCUGGAUGGCUACCGCUCUGUCAAUGAUGCUGUAUUGACCCUCAAGAAUUUGAGCGAUCCGCUUUCGGAUGCCCUUCCGACAUCCAUGAACGUCGCGGCCGGCAAGGCAUGUGGCAUCGUCGGCUUCUUGAACGAGGGCUUCUGGGGCAUCGACGUGAAGAAACAGAAAUACACCGGGUCUUUCUGGGUAAAGGGCUCUUACGAGGGCGUGUUCACUGCAUCUCUUCAGUCCAACUUGACCGCCCACGUCUUCGGGACUGUUGAGAUUGAGUCCAAGGCCUCCCCUAAUGAGUGGGUUGAGCACGAGUUCGAGUUGGUUCCGACAAUGGAUGCCCCCAACAGCAACAACACGUUUGCUCUUACCUUCAAUCCAGAAGGAGCUGCCGACGGAUCGCUGGACUUCAACCUGAUCAGUCUUUUCCCACCAACCUACAAGGGACGGAAAAACGGUCUGCGCAUUGACAUUGCGGAGGCAUUGGAGGAACUGCACCCGUCAGUGCUACGCUUCCCCGGCGGUAACAUGCUCGAGGGAGACAACAACCAGUCUCGAUGGAACUGGAAAGACACUCUUGGCCCCCUUAGAAACCGGCCGGGUUUCCAGGGUGUCUGGGGUUACCAACAAACUCACGGUCUUGGACUCAUGGAAUACCUAGAAUGGGCUGAAGACAUGAAUCUGGAGAUUGCCGUCGGUGUAUGGGCGGGGCUGGCACUGAAUGGGGACAUCACGCCUCAGGAUAAGCUGCAGCCUUUUAUCGACGAUGCCCUCGACCAGAUCGAGUUUAUCCGCGGGCCUGCCGAUUCCAAAUGGGGCUCCCGCCGGGCAGAACUCGGCCAUCGGGAACCCUUCAAGCUCCACUAUGUCGAGAUCGGCAACGAGGACUGGCUUGCCGGUGGAGAGGCAGGCUGGCAGUCCUAUCAGGAUUAUCGAUUCCCAAUGUUCCAGGCGGCCAUCAGCGCGGCAUAUCCCGACAUGCAGAUCAUCGCAUCCGGCGCUAGCUCCGACGGAUACGAAAUCCCCGCGCCCGCCAUCGGCGACUACCACCCCUACCGUGAGCCGGACCAGCUCGUCACGGAAUUUAACAGGUUCGACAAUGACGUGGCCCACAUCGUCGGCGAGGUGGCCGCGACACAUCCCAACGGCGGCAUCGGCUGGGACGGCGACCUCCAGCCCUUCCCCUGGUGGAUCGGCACCGUCGGCGAGGCCGUCUCGAUGAUCGGCUACGAGCGCAACGCGGACCGCAUCCCGGGCGUCUUCUAUGCGCCCGUCCUCCGCAACAUGAACAGGUGGCAGUGGGCCGUCACCAUCCUGCAGUUCGCCGCCGACCCGGCCAUGACGACGCGCUCGACCAGCUGGUACGUCUGGGAGCUGUUUGCCAGGCACGCCAUGUCGCACACCCUGCCCGCGACCUCCGAUUCCGCCUUCGGACCGCUGUACUACGUUGCCGGCGCGAACGAGGCCGCCGGCUCCUUCAUCUGGAAGGGCGCCGUCUACAACACCACCGACAGUGCUGAUGUCCCUGUGUCCGUCGCUUUCGAGGGCGUCAAGGCCGGCACGAAGGCUGCUCUCACCAUCAUUACAAAUCCGGGCGGCGACCCGUACGGGUAUAAUGACCCGCAUACUGGCGUCAACAUCGUCGACCACACAACGUAUAUUAUCGUGUCAAAUUCCGAGGGGGUAUUCGAGUUCGACAUGCCUGAGCUAAGUGUUGCGGUUCUGGAUACAGAUCCAAAGUCUGCCACCAACUGCAACAAGAAGCGGAGCACAGCGACGCGUCGACGGAGCAGUGGAAGUAUGACAGGAAUAUAAUGCCGUUCGUUGCCUACGUCUGGCCUACGGUUACCCGACGAUGACAGGAAUGGGAAGCAGGGGCUAUCGUCAGGUUAAUUAGCAG